AUGAACUUUGAAGAGUUAUUCGGUAGGAACGUAGCUGCUGGAAACAAAGAUGGGGCAUCUCGAAAACCCAAUGUCAGCAGUCCGAUAAUGAAUGUUGCCAACUUGGCCUUUAACCAGGCGAGAAGUCAAGAUUUGAGUAGCAAUUCAAAUUUGGGCGACAAGUCACCAAUCAUUCAUUCCCGCACCUUUUCAGAAACGAUAGGUGGGAGUUUGCGUGGAAUGAAACCCUUCUCUUCAGAAGCAACUGAAUCUCCCAACCAAAGUGACAGUUCUGGUUCCAGUUCUGAAGAAACUGAAUCCUCAGAUUCUUCAAUAACUCGAGUCGAACAGGUUAAACCUAAGGUUAAAGCUGGUCUUGGUUCAGAGAUUGGUGGUGCGACGAGAAGUCUGGCGGAUGGGCAAGAGGCCAAUACUGAUACUGCUCCUAAAAAAUCUCGUGCAAAAGUUUCCUCAAAUAUGAUUAUAUCGGAUUUUAGUAGUAUAAGAUUACCACAGAAAAAACAGCAAGGACAAUACGAGGACUCAACUUUGUCAGAAAAUUAUCUAGAGCGGUAUGAUGGCAUGUCCGAGGUAUCUAGGAGCAGCGACCCGGGUCGCAAUAGUGCCUUCAAGGUCAAACCACCAGAAAAUACUAUAAACACGCGACAAAGGAGAACAAAUAGUAUAUCUGGUGAUUCACCUCUUAAUGCUUCAUUCGAAUCUAAUCCGAAUGCUAUUCCAAAGUCCGAGUUUAAUUAUACUCGUUCAGACAUCUCGCGGAGGAGUGACUCUGGUCAGAACACAAAUCCCAAGAAACCCGGUUUUAAAUCAAACAUAUUCGACAAUCAUUCCAAUUACGACAGGAACUUCAAUAACAACGAAUGGUCAAAAUCCUAUUCGCCAAAAUCAAAGGCCUCCUCUUUAGUUAGCUAUAAUACAUCUUCGCCUCAUCACGGUGGUCAACGCCAGUUGAACCCCCGAUACAACUCUAAAACGCAAGGUACGGAUCAAACGUGGUCCGAAGUACCGUAUUACCCAAAGGAAACAAGAGCAAACGUUAUCAAUCAAACUGCUCCAAAUCCUUUACGAGGAGAUUUGAGACAACAUAAACCCAAAGUUUCAAUGAAUGCGAUGAUGGAUGUAACGAGCACACAUUCUGACAAUUUUGAGAAUAGACCUCGAAGGGAACAACAACUUGAUCAUAUUAUCAAGGUAGAAAAUUUAAUUGAUGUCUUAACCAAGAAGAUAUCGGAACAAGAAGCUGAUAUAAAAAAUUUAAAAGAUAAAUUGGGUGAAGUGACGGAAGAAACUCAAAAGGUCCGAGCGAAUCUGUUCUAUGAUCCAAAAAUGCUUCCGAUAAAUUCUUUGCCCCGUCUAAUUUUCGAAAGAG